GAGUCCCGGAUCCAUUGUUAGGGCUUGGGAGCCACAGCCCGGCUCGCCCUAGGGUUUAAGCAGGUGAGUAAGCUGGAUUGCAUCGCCAUCGCCUUGUGAGCUAGCCGCGCCGCCUCUCCCAGGAUGUCCGACUCGUGCCUGGAUGUGGAGGGCUUUCCAGUCGGCCUCGACACGGAAAUGCAGGCGCUACCCGCCUACAAUCGCAAGGAAAAGUCUCUGGGCCUCCUGUGCGAGAACUUCCUCAGCUUGUAUGGAGCUGAGCAAGGCACCGAGUGCAUCAGCCUGGACGAAGCAGCAUUCCGGCUAGGUGUGGAAAGGAGGCGCAUCUACGACAUUGUAAAUAUUCUCGAGAGUGUAGAGGUGCUGGUGAGAAAAGCGAAGAACUGUUACAUGUGGUACGGGUUUACAAGGCUUCCGCAGGCUUUGAAGGAGAUGAAGCAAGCGGCUCUUCGGGAAUAUGGACUGGAUGGGUGGGGAAGCGACAAGCAUGAGGAGCACCCCCACGAUGACAGCGCGCUUGGAACACAGGAGUCUAUCAACAUGCCUGAUAGUUCUACUGCGUGUCCAUAUACUGAGUCGUACAGCUUCUACAAGCCCAAGAGCAAAGCAGAUUGUAGGCGCGAGAAAUCCCUUGGUCUGCUAAGCCAGAAGUUCGUGCAGCUGUUCCUCAUCUCUCAGACACAGGUAGUUUCGUUAGAUGAAGCCGCCAGAGUUUUAUUCGGAGGAUGCACUGACCCUUCGAAGCUCAAAACAAAAGUCAGGCGCCUCUACGACAUUGCCAACGUGUUGACCUCGCUUCAGCUGAUUGAAAAGACUCACGGGACGGAGAACCGAAAGCCUGCAUUCAAAUGGCUUGGAGUGAGAGACAAUGGAGUCCUUUUCAAGAAACGCCAAUUCCGGCCGUGUAAGCCGACCGAUCCGUUCGCAGCCAACGCCACCAAGCGGCAAACACUGAAGCGCGGGGCGGUACCUUACGAACAACACCACACGGGACUGGGUGGAGGUUACGGCACCAACAGCACCACCACCUCCAAUCAGCAGCAGCUACAGCAGUGCCCACUCCACUUUGGGAUUGCGGCUGCGAUGCAGUACCAGAACGAGACGUUGAACGGCGUGCUUGCACACUACGUCGAGUGCUGGAGAAGUAUGUGCUUUCAAGGCCAGCAGCGUGGGCUUGAUCCCACGUCGUGUGAUUCGGCAUUUAAAAAGUAAAAGAGCUGGCUUUCGAAGAAGAAGGCCCUCUUUUCAGUGCAUUCUAGUGCUCGAAGAUGGUUGGAAAGAAUUAGUCCUGAUGUUGGGGCGUGGAAGAAUUUGCUGGGAGCUUGUAGCGAUGUGAAUCGAGGCGACAUUGGCUAGCUUCGCUUUGCUUGAUCAAUCGAGCGAAACUGAUGCUGUCCAAGGAGAAUAAUCAAAGUCUAGUGAUCUUAGUGAUACCCA